AUGGGGCAAUUUUGGCAGGUGGGCUUUAGCACCAUGAGUACCGUGGCUUUGGCGCCCCUGACCUGUUAUACGCACCCGAACGGCAUGCAGAGCUUGUUGAAGUACCCGAACAUCAUUUGUGGCGGCGACGGUCAUGGAGUGAUGCUGCGUCGGCAUUUGGUGCAGGGCUUUCGCUUCUUAGUCUUCCGCUUCCGCUUGGACAGCUGGUGGUACGGAGUGCCCUUGUUGGUGCGUGGACCUUUGCUCUCCUUGCCCAUCGUGUUGGCGACCGACUACCCGCCCAUGCAGACCAUCUUCGUGAAUGUGAUCCUGGCCGUUUUCCUCAUCAUCGAGACCCUGUCCUGGCCCUGGAAGGUGCCACUCUUGUGA